ACACAGCCACCGCUCUCUCUCUCUCUCUCCUCCUGCUCGCAACACUCCCCUCGCUCUCAGCUGUCUUCCUCGCUCCUCGACAGACGGGAUGAGAGGAACUCCGUGAGAGGAGCUGGGGACAGGCAGGCAUGGCCCACUGUGCCACCACCACCACCGCUGCCGCCGCCGCUGCUGCUGCUGGCAAGGAGAGGCGCGGCGUGGAGGAGUGAAUCUGUGAGGAGGUUGCUGGCUGCGAGACGAGGACUGGAGAUUCGCGUGGUCUCCCCGCGUGGAGGAAGGAAGGAGGAGGAGGAGGGGGGGCAGCGUCGACUUUACGCGCCCUGGGUGCCGCAGCGUCGUCUGCGUCUAUCGGCGGCUCCUCCUGCAGGUCCCUCGAGCUCGUGACCAGGCGAUGGGUCGGGGCCGGUGGCCUCCUCCCGAGUGAACGUCUCUCUCCCUCCGUGUCGCUGCUGUCUUCAAUCAAAUCGCCGCCGACGCUGUUGGUUGCGGAGCAAUGCGCUGGCUGGAGGCCGCCUAAUCACUCGACAGCUUCUGUCACCAAGCCGAGGUCCCCGCUCGCGAGCUCGCCCAGGGAGCUCGCGGCCCACGGGGAGGAGGCGGCGGCACUCGGCCUCGACUCGCCGCUCCAUCUCGCCGACAUGGCCCGGGCCCCGUCCGCGUCGCCGACCCCCCGGGACGAGCGGACCCCGCGGCAACGGCGACCGCCGCCGCUGCCGCCGCUGCUGCUGCUGCUCGCGUGGACCUGCUGCUGCUCCUGCUCCUGCUGCUGGGGCUGCCAGCUGCCCCAGGACUGGCGGCCGCAGAGCGAAGCGUGUCGCGCCGAGUUGGCCGAGAUCAUCGUGAUGGCCAAGGUGCUGGCGCUGCACCAGGACUCGUACGGGGUGCACAACCUCCUGCCGUGGCAGGGGGGCGGCGGCGACUCCUCGGAGCUGCUGUACGCCGCCGAGGUGGAGCUGCUGUGCGACCAGGCCUGGGGCUCCAUGCUCGAGAUGCCCGCCGGAGCACGCUUCAAUGUCACGGGCCUCGGCUACUUCUCGUGCCACUCCUACACCGUCAUGGAGAACAACACCUACUUCUUGUUCCUCAGGAUGGAUGAGAACUACCACCUCGUGCCGCACGGCGUCAACUUCCAGGACGCCAUCUUCCCCGAGACGCAGGACACGCGCCGGAUGUUCUCCAGCCUCUUCCAGUUCUCCAACUGCUCGCAGGGCGCGCAGGUCCACCUCUACUCGCCCGAGUGGGAGAUGCAGCAGGACAACGAGUUGCUUUGCGCCCCGAUCCAGUCGGCGCUGCUCGAAGAGGAGGACCGCGUGCGGAAGCUCACGAAGCAGCUCUCCGUGCUCGAGAAGAAGAACCGGCACCUGCAGCAAAAGGUGAAGAAGCUGAAGCGAGUGCUGCGCCAGGCCAAGAAGGACGGCAAGCAGGCGGCCGAGGGCUACCGCCGGCUGCUGGGCAAAGGGAGCGGCUCGGGCGGCUGGGAGGACGGGGGGGGCGGCGGGGGGGGCACGGGAGGCGGCGGGGGGGGGCUGCGCGCCCCUCCCCCCCCGCUCCCCCCCAGGGGCCAGGCGACGGCACAGAAGCGAGCGCGCCUCAACGCCAUCCCUUCAGAUCCUGAGGCGCCCGUGCCCGCGCGGCUGCCGAGCGGCCCGUGGGUGGUGUCGGGGAAGUCGGGGGGGCCAUCACCACCGGUGGCCGUGGUGUUGUGGGGGCCCCAGGGGCCAUCACCAGUGGCGGUCGUGGUGUUGUGGGGGCCCCACGGGCCAUCAUCACCACCAGUGGUGGCCGUGGUGUUGUGGGGGCCCCAGGGGCCAUCACCGGUGGUCGUGGUGUUGUGGGGGCCCCAGGGGCCAUCACCGGUGGUCGUGGUGUUGUGGGGGCCCCACGGGCCAUCAUCACCACCAGUGGUCGUGAUGUUGUGGGGGCCCCAAGGGCCAUCACCAACGGUGGCCGUGGUGUUGUGGGGGCCCCAGGGGCCAUCACCAGCGGCCGUGCCGAAGCAAAGCAAAGCCCUGCUGGCCCAGAUGUCGUAA